GCCAUCGUCAUUUCGUUCACAUUUUUUUCCACACAUCUUCACAUUCACUUCCUGUUUCAAAUUAAAAGUUUUUUCUUUACGGAAGUGACGUCACUGGCGGAAACCUAUUUAAGGCGGGCUCUCGACGCACUCAUUCUUUCUCACCUUCGACAGCCUCCGCUCGUCCUCCUGCUGCUCCAGCUCUGCACGGCCGUCCAGAAGACCACGGAAAACUCCCAACAAGGCUUUGCAUCUGCUACAAAAUGGCCAAAUUGACUGCAACACGGCUGACGUCGACAGAACGACCCAUAAAAUGGCUGCCAUCCUGUGGAGUUUUGGGCCCCGGCUUCACAAGGCUUUGGCAGGUCUUUGACAUGCCGACCAAAUAUCGGGGUCGCCGUGCUGUCGAAGAGGCGUCCACCUCUGCUCUCUUCACAAGUGUCAAAACCAGAAAUGUAAAAAAAGUUUGGCUUCAGCCACAGGAGCUUCUCCUCAACCAAUUCUCGGGAAGCUUGUUGACCUGCUGGUUGAGUAGGUGCACCUGUGGCUCAAAUCAAACCGUGGCGGGGCUCUUAAUUCUGGCCCUCUCACACUUAUCCAAUCAGGUGCGUUGCACCAGGAAGAGAGGAAGGAAACUGUCAGCAGAGUGGCACCGGCUCAACAUGUGCGUUUUUGUCCACCAGAGGGUGCUCAAGGACCCGAUAGACGUUGUGAAGCCGAGUCGUCCCUCCUCAACGUUUGGACCUGUUGCUUGUCGGCAGGCCCUCAGGAAACGUGGCGUCACGAUCCACCUGAUGUCGCACACGCAGACUGUGCAGCUUCCAGUCAGAGUGCUGCCCGAGAGCCUCCACCUGCUGGACAAAGAGACAAAUGUGACAAGCUUGUAGCAGGUCCUCACUGCUGCCUCCAUUUUCAACGUUGCCGUUGAAAGGUACGAAA